AUGUCUCACUUUGCUGCUCUGAGGACCCGAGAGCUGCGCGAGCUGCUGGACGAUGAAGACACAAUAAGACACAUCAUCAGGGGCAGUGAUAAGGUUCAGGGGCUACAAAGCGCUGCAGAAAAGAUGCUGCUUUCAAAUACAAAAUUAGCCAAAGUUGCUCUUUCUCAAAAACCUAAAUUUAGAGAUGCUAAAUUGCUACUUGCAAUGAAGUACAAAGAACUGGAAAACACAAGACGCAUCAUCCAGGCUAAACAAGAACAACUUGUAGAAAAAUCCAGUUUGCAAUGUGAUCAGUGGAGUCUCCUAAAAAAGGUAAACCAUGCAGAGGAGGAGUGUGAGAUGCUGUGUCAGAGUUUUGAAGAGGGGAAUACGUUGCUGGCAGAUUUCCUGAAUUCCUUUCUGGGCUCACGGAAAAUCCAACACAUCAGGAUGGUUCUGGUGAAGAAGCUGCAGGAAGUAAUUGAAUUUGAAUCGACACAAUGGCUCAGUGAGAUGCACCCUGACACUCCCAACACCUGCCUCCCAGCCUGCGGUCUCACCACAGCUGUCGUCUUACCAGCUUGCUGCCACCCUCCAUUCCUGCUCCCCUUAGGCAUUCAUGUGAACACUGCUCACCGUUUACAACAUUUACCGUUUUGUCAUGAUUACAAUGAGUCCCUACGUCCUCGAGUGCAUGGACGAGGCCCCAGAUGGCCCACGAGACCCGCCCGUCUUCCGCCUCUGAAGGUGCAGAAGAGGAGGCAUCAACAGGCACCACAAUGAAGUCUAAUCCUGCCUAAGAUACAGGUGUUCAGUUCAUUCAAGAUACAACAAAAAGAGGGUCAAGUUAACUUUGUUUCAAGCCUUAGAUUUAGUCUACUGAAGAAAAAGAUAUUACAUAUUUCCCUGAAUAGGUCGUAUCUUUACUAAACAGUGGACAGUGAACAGUCACUACGUGAAUUAAGUAAAGUGCUUUACUUAAGUAGGAUUUGAAGGUUCUUUACUUGAGUUUUUCUAUACUCUUUUACCAAAUACUUCUAUUUUGUAACUUCAGUUACUUUUAAGUUUAAUAGUCAGAUGAAUGUUACAAAAUAUGGUUUUAUUUAUAAUAUUGUAAUGUACCCUUAAAGGAAAUUAUCUCUCAAUAUCAUUGACAAGCUACCUGGUAAUAUAAAAAGAGCUUAUCAUUUACCAGCUAUAGUUUUGUACUUUUGUUUAUUUGAAAUGUUUAUUUGUAAGACAGUAAUAUACACUGUUACCUACUAAACUAAACUAAUUUGACUUAAGAUCAAUUAAUCUAUGGCUGUAUAUAUAUUUAGGUUAUUGAACGUUUUUCAUGUUAAGACAACAUUAAUAAACACGGGUGGACGGAGAAGUCUGA